AUGACGCGCACGACCCCGGAGCCGGUGCCCGUGCUGCAGCUGCGCCGGUUCGCAGCCACGCCCAAGGUGGCGUUCGGCACGGUGCGCGUCGGCUCGAGCCGCACCAUCGGCCUGAUCGUGCAGAACCCCUCCGAGCAGCCGGUCCAGCUGAUAGUGGAGAAGGUGCCCGAGGCGCUGGGCUUCCGCGUGGACGUGCCAGUGCUGCACCUGGAACCGCUGAUGGACGCCGUGCUGGCCGUGCACUGGACGCCGGCGGCCGGCGGCAACCAGCGCGGGGUGCUGGCGCUGCGCACCGACGGCGGCGUGCGCUGCCAGGCGGUGCUGCUCGGCACGGGACGCGCGCCUGACACCAAGAAGAAGAAGACAUCAUCGGCCAAGGGCCCGCGCUUCCUGAAGCCUCAGUCGCGGAACGCGGGCACCUCGACGUCCACUGACUGCUCGACGCUGCUGGACGCGCUGCGCACGCCGCCCGACUUCUCCGUGAGCCUGAUCCGCAGCGAGCCGGCGCCGGCGCCGCCGCCGGCCACGCCGCGGCGGCAUACGUUCCUGGCCGAGCCGCCGGCCGCCAAGGAGGAGCGCCACGAGCGCCACGGCGCCAGAGGCGACCGCGACGUCGCGCAGAACGCAGAGGAGCAGUGCGCGGCGGUGCACGUGGAGACUAGCGAGCAGGACCACGACUGGAUGAGCACGCCGGCGCUGUUCGGCAAACGCUUCGGCGGGAGACACCCCGGCGGCGGCCUCAGCUGCAUCCGGGAGGAGAGCGGCAGCGUGGCCUCCUCCGGCCGAAACCUGACCUUCUCGCUGGAGGAGACGCCGCUGGAGCACGCAGAGCAGGCGGAGCCAAACUGUACUACGACAAGGACUUGGCUGCCGAAAGCAGGAGCGCGGCCUUUCACCGCCUGGCUCAACUUCAUCCUGACGCCCAGCGAGUACAGCUGCGACGACGUCAAAGUGGACGCCGCGCGGAUCCUGCUGGAGGCGAAGCGGACGCGCGUGCCGCCGGCCCCCUCACGAGAGACGCUCUCGCUGCGAGAGUACACGGCCCAGCGCCGGCUCAACCGGCUCCGUAUGGACGCCUGCAGGCUGUUCGAGGAGCCGCAGAUGACCCGGGUCAUCCGUAACGUUGAGCGCGAGGUGGAGACGGGCGGACUGCGCGUGCGCCGUGACCGCACCCUGCACGCCGACGUCGGUCUGAAACAGCUGGUGGUGGGCUGGCUGCUGAACUACAACCCGCUGUGGUUGCGGCUGGGCCUGGAGACCGUCUACGGAGAAGUGAUCCACCUGCAGGCGCCGGACGACCUCACCACCCUGGCGAGGUUCAUCACCACACGGCUGCUGUGGAGUCCGGAGCUGGCGGCCCGCCACCGCCACCCUACGGUGCCACACCUGUACGGGCCGCAGUGGGAGCCGGAGCUGAAGCGGUUCAUCCUGAAGAAGUUCCUGCUGCUCGUCCUGCUGCUGGACGUGGCCAAGAGCCGGCGGCUCAUCCACCACGACCCGUGUCUCUUUAACAAGCGCGGCCACAUCAAGGCGAGUCGAGAGUUGCUGGUGGCGUUCUCGCGCGAAAUGCUGGCGGGCGAGGGCGACAUCACCAAGCACCUGGCGUUCCACGGCUACCGCGUCAGCCACCAGCAGACGGCGCUACACGAGUUCGACUACGCUGUCACCUGCCUGGCCACCGACCUGCGCUGCGGCGUCCGGCUGACGCGGGUGGUGGAGCUGCUGCGGCAGCGGUUCGACCUGUCGGCCCAGCUGCGGCUGCCGGCGCUGGACCGCCAGCAGAAGCUUCACAACAGCCGGCUGGCGGUGGCCGCCGCCGAGCUGCAGCUGGACGCCGAGCCGUGGGCGCGCCACCUGGUGGACGGCCACUGCGAGCGCACGCUCCACCUGCUCUGGCUGCUGGCGCUGCGGUACCAGAUCACCGUCGGCCUGGACCUGGACAAGCUGCGCCGCGAGGUGGCCCGCCUGGAGAAGAGCCUCUCCAACAGCUGCUUCAUCGGCAACGCCGAGGCCGAGCAGGGCCGCCUGCUGCUGGAGCAGCUGCCGGCCGAGCGGCGCCGCUGA